AUGCCGCCACCAGCCUCUAACGGCUCCAGCAUCUCGAGUUCAGCCGCCAGCCACCACAGCGGCGUCGGCGGCGGCGCUAUUCCUAUGAUGGCUGCCCCUGUAGGAGGAGUAGGAGCAGGAGUAGGGGCAAUAGCUGCGAGGGAUAACAAUCCACUCCACGCCUACCAGCAGCAGCUCCAGGCGUCCCAGGCUGCUCUAGGUCAGCAUCCUUCGUAUCAAGGCCAGUCUUCAGUUUCGUCGUCACUGCAAGUGUCACAACAGGCAUCUCAGCAGCAACAAUCGCCGUCCACACCCACCUCGGCCUCGUCAAUAUCGGCCUCAUCAAUAGCAGUACAUCAACAGCAGCUGCUGCUCAACAGACAAAUGGAAUCUCAGAACCAGCUACAGCUGGACAAGAGCCGUGUCACGCUCCUCCUCGAAAUCAAUGCAGAGCUUCUAAGGGAAACGGUGUCCAUCCAGGCCAAUGGGAAAAGCCCAUCGCAGCCCGGCGAGGAGAGAGCUGGGCAUGACAAGGGGUUUUAUGAGUGUAUGCGUCGCCUCCAAUGCAAUCUUGCCUAUCUUGCCGCCAUCGCCGACCGAUCCCACAAGCCCGCCUCACAAGUCCCGCCCUCCCCUAACAUUCUCGUCCCCCCUCCGGACAUGCCAGUUCUGGCAGACCUAUACAAGCGGCUACAGGCGCUAUACCCAGGUGUAAAGCCCACCAACCCUCCCCCGCUCGACCAGCAGCGACAGAAUGCCAACUCCCAGGGAGGCCGAGGCAGCCAGAACGCGUCGCCAAAGGUGGUACCUGUAGACAAUAAGCCACAACCUCCGCAGACACCUCAACAUGCGCAGAUGCCUCGACACGCCGCGUCGCCGACGCCUCCUGCGCAAAUAUCGCACCAGAUGCCGCCUCAGCAGCAGCAACAACAACAGCCACAGCAGCCAAUGCAGCAUAUAGCGGGCAUACCGGGAAUGCCAGGGCAGCAUGUACAGUACUCACAGCAGCAGAAUCCUGCCCAGCAUAAUCCGUCACAGAUGGUGCAGCACCAACAACAGCCACAACACCAGCAGGGCAUCAACCCGAACUAUGCCCACCUUCAGCAGCAGCGCCACGCCGCAAUGAUGCAGGCACAGGCACAGGCGCAAGGCCGCCAGAUGCAGGCUCAGAUAGGUGGCAUCCCCUCGAGUAUGGGUAUGAACCCCGGUAUCGUGUCAACCGGCAUGAGCAAUGGGAUUCCCGUAACUUCAAUGGGGCAGCACCCGGGGAUGCCACAGCAAGCAAUGAUGGGAAAUAUGGCGGGUAUGGCGAUGGGGAUGGGUCCACAAGGGAUGGGGUCACAAGGGAUGGUCCCUCAAGGGAUGACGCAGGGGAUGGGCGUCCCGGGCAUGGGAGCACCGAUGGGAGUGCCGGGCAUGGGGGCUCCGGGCAUGGGGGCUCCGGGCAUGAAUAUGGGCAUGCCGGGCAUGAAUAUGGGCCCUAUGAACCCGGCUAUGAACCCGGCUAUGAACAUGGGGAUGGGGGGGAUGAACAUGAGCAUGGGGAACAUGGGCGGCAUGGGCGGCAUGAGUGCGGGCAUGGGCGGAGGCAUGGGCCAGCCGGGAUUCCAGGAGAACAUGGGCCAGGGCAUGUGGAAUGGAGGUUGGCCCGGGCAGGGUUAA